AGUUGUUGGAAGUGUUGGAACGUUUUUGUAAAUACAUUUAUUUACAUUUGUAAAAAAAUACAUUAAAAUGUGUAAUGUUGGAGAUGACAAUUUUGAAAAUGAUGUUGCUAACGUAAUGGUUCAAAAGGAUAUUGUAAAAUUGUCAAAUUCAAGUACAUGCAACAAAUGCAGGUUGGAAAAAGCUUGUGUCGUUUUAAGACAUAAAGAUGCUUACUGUAAAAGCUGUUUCCUUGCGGGCGCAGUUCACAAAUUUAAAGCUUUACUUGGGAAAUCUAGAUUAAUUCACAUAAAUGACCAGGUUUUGAUUUAUCACAAGAUUGGGCAUCCUAGUACUGCUCUUCUACAUUUUCUAAGAACUGGUCUAGAUUUGAAUACUCAUAAGAAGCUAAGAUUCAAGCCAAUUGUUCUGUUUGUCGAAGAUCAAAUACAACUAAAUCGUGAACAAAGAAAAGAAAUUUUGAAACAAGUAGAGAAAGAAGUCACUUCUUUUGGAUUUAAAUUUUACUGUGUAUCGUUUGUUGAUUAUGUGUUAAAUCCUAGUUCAGUUCAAGAAAACAUUUGUUCUAAUAAAGUAAAUAUUACUGAAAAUGAUAAACAAAAACUUCAAUCAGUAUUAGACAAGAAAACCUCAAAAACUAACAGUAAUGAUUUAAUUAAAUUAUUCAAGAGACAGCUAUUGGUAGAUGCUGCUAAAAGUCUUGACUGCAAAUUCGUAUUCACUCCAGAAAUAUCGGUAGACAUCGCCUCCAAUUUAUUAACAAAUAUAUCACUUGGCAGAGGAUGUCAUGUACCUAUAGAUACUGGUUUUUGUGAUGAUAGGGAUGACGUGAAACUGCUUAGGCCUUUGAGAUUAUUCGAUAUGAAGGAAUUGGCUUUGUAUAAUAAAUUUAAUGGUCUGGAACCACUUUCCAUUCCUUAUUUUGAAGUAAAUCCAUAUGCAUCGGUACAGGAUUUAAUGAUAAAAUUUGUCAAUGAUUUACAGCAAAAUUUUCCCGCUACAAUAACGACAAUUAUGAAAACUGGAGAUAAAUUAAGCUUAGAUAAGGGAAUUACAGAUAUAUGUACAUUGUGUAAGGGUGCGUUGCCUAAAAAAUCUUCAGAGCUUACAUCGGAAGAAUCCACCAGUUUUUCCCGUAUAGUCUCUACUAAGACUCUAGACUAUACGCAUUCAAGGCAAGAAAGAUAUCAAGAUAUUUUGGGAGAUUAUGAAAGUCAAAAAGUCAGUGAGAAUGGUUACUGUUAUGCUUGUACGAAAAUAAAACCAUAUAUUUUAUAAACUUGACAAAAUACUUAAAUAUAGACGUUAUAAAAGAA